AACAAGUACGUAUAGAAUCUGCAUGGUCUCAUUAACUGCUACUCUAAGUCUGGAAUCUUAUCUGAAUAAAAAUAGUAAUGUUAAAAAGCUUUUUCAGCAUUGCAAGCUCUGGCUUCUGUGGAAGCUGCAAGAACUGAGAUCCUUUUGAAAAUCUUGCCAAAGUUUCAGGGGAGGAAAGCAAAGAUAUCAAAUUAUCACUAUGCUUUUAUCUUUCGAGGCAGGACUAUGGGGCACUGGGGAAGUGGCUUCAUGGCCAAACAGAUCCUCUUUCCUUUCAGACCCCUCACACCCUGUUCCUGCCUAAUCCUCUUCUGACAGGAAAAAUACCAUAAUAUACAAGUACCCUGAAAACUGUAAGAGUGAGUGUAAAUCUACAGCAUUAAAGAAAACGCUUGCUGGUAGAACUGAGACACAUGAUCAUCUGUAAUAAUGAUGACUGCACAAGUUUUAUGACAAAAUUCUCUUACCUUUAGAUUCAGAUGGGUGAAAGAUGCAGGAUGUCUGUUUUGGAAAGCUGAGGAGUGGGAGGGAAUGCUCUGUGAGUGCUUAAUGGGUUAGAGAAGGGAGCGCUCUUCAGGUAUACGUCCUUUUUAUGGGAUGGCUUUAUUCCUCAGUACCGCCUGUGUCACUGCACCCUUAUUGCUGCUCAGAAGGCACAGCCCUAGCCUGGGAGCCUGCUUGAGCUGCCUGUGAACCACAAACAAGUGAAAAACCACUGGCUGCUCAUCCUUGUCACUGUUAUACCCAGCAUGAAUACAAAACGAAGCAAAAACCAUAUGAAGGGGAACUGGUGGGAAACACUUUCUUUGGUUGCUUAGACUGAUAUUGCAUAUAAGCUCUUGGGCAAGGGUUUAUUGCAGCUAAUAUUUAUGCAGGAUUUUUUAAGAGGUCUUUACUUUGGUGCACUGCUACCUCAUCACUGAAGAGAAAAAAACAUGAGCUGCUGCUGCUCAGGGCUUUGGAAAAUGCCUAAUAGUUUUCUGCCCAGUAACGUGCUUUGGAAAAUGUGCCCGAAGUAACCUUACGUGUGUGUGUUUGGGAGAGGAAGGGUGUUCAGAGUUGUAAGGCACAUUCAACAACCAUCUUCUGCAAGCUAGGCUAUUUUAGAAACGUAGCAAUUGAGUUUUCUGAAACUUUAGAAAAUACUGGACUGUGUUCUUCUUGUGUGUGUCAGCUUGAACGUUUGAAUCAAACUAAGAAUCUUGAAGAAGUAGGUCUUUAUGGAUUUGAAAAGAUGGACAUCAGAGUAAGCAUAUCCUGCUUUUUAAAGAAAUUGACAUUUGUGUCUUUAGGUUGUGUGUUCGCUCUGAUGAUGGGAAUUAAUUCCAAGCCAGGCUGAUGACCAGCUGACCUGAGCCAACUUUUGUUGAGGUUUCCAAAGCAUUGCACAAGAGGUUUGAAAGGAAAAAGUUCGGGGGCAUGUGACAGUUAAUCUCUUUAGCAGUAAGAAUGAAGUUUAAGCAUACUGUUGGAAAUGUACUCAGUUCUGUGCUGCUCUUUGUUUUAAUUAACAAUCUCCUGCAUAGAUUGGGAGUGUAAACUUCUUUGCACUUUAGUCCAAUUAAAUCAUGCUUGGAGGCUGUCAGUGGUGGGGGGAACUCCCCCUACCCCCUUUUUUUAAUUGUUCAGUGAGGCUGUUGAAUAAUGAAAGAAUUUGCCUGACAGGGUUUUGUAGCAUUUCGUCGUCUUGACGAAUUAUUGCAGAGGGUAGACGACAGUCUCUUUUGUCCAAAAUGCAUUGGAACGAUUCAUCCAAUUCCUCAGAAAGUGACAAUGAAGCUCAUUCAGCCUUUACACAGACUGAGCACAACAUAGUUGCAGCUUACUUAAUAACAGCAGGAGUGAUAAGCAUUUUCAGUAACAUUGUUGUGUUAGGCAUCUUUGUUAAGUACAAAGAGCUUCGAACAGCAACCAACGCAAUUAUUAUCAACUUGGCCUUUACCGACAUUGGUGUUAGUGGCAUUGGUUACCCCAUGUCUGCUGCCUCAGACCUCCAUGGAAGCUGGAAAUUUGGAUAUACUGGAUGCCAGAUCUAUGCUGCCUUAAAUAUCUUCUUUGGGAUGGCGAGUAUUGGUUUGCUCACUGUUGUUGCAGUUGACCGUUACCUGACAAUCUGCAGGCCUGAUAUAGGAAGAAGAAUGACUACCUGUAGCUAUGCCACCCUGAUCCUUGCUGCUUGGAUAAAUGCAGUCUUUUGGGCUUCCAUGCCUACUGUAGGCUGGGCUAGCUACGCUCCGGAUCCGACUGGAGCAACGUGCACAGUAAAUUGGAGGAAGAAUGAUGCGUCCUUUGUUUCCUACACAAUGAGUGUAAUUGCUGUUAAUUUUGUUGUACCCUUAACAGUCAUGUUUUACUGUUAUUACAAUGUCUCCCGGACAAUGAAACAAUAUGCCAGCAGUAACUGCCUGGAGAGCAUCAAUGUAGAUUGGUCUGACCAAGUAGAUGUGACAAAGAUGUCUGUUGUGAUGAUUGUAAUGUUCUUGGUGGCAUGGUCUCCAUAUUCUAUUGUGUGUUUAUGGUCUUCCUUUGGAGACCCAAAGAAAAUUUCCCCUGCAAUGGCCAUCAUAGCUCCUCUAUUCGCAAAAUCUUCCACGUUCUAUAAUCCCUGCAUUUAUGUCAUUGCAAACAAAAAGUUUCGGAGGGCAAUCCUGGCAAUGGUGCGAUGUCAGACAAGACAAGAGAUAACUAUAAACAAUGCCUUGCCCAUGAGUGUAUCUCAAAGUACACUGACAUCGUAGAACUCAUGUCAUUUGC